AUGGGCUCUGCACCGUCUAAACCAACCGACUUCGUUGAACCAUCGCUGGAUGAGAAGCAUCUUACCCAAAGCCUCGCUUCGUUGAAUCUGGCAUCUGCGCCCGUGUCCAAGGACGGCACACUGUCGCUGGGGAACGUAUCUUCAUGGGAGUCAACCGUGGCCGCGGACCCGAAAGCGCAACUCGCGCGGACGAUCCUUUCGCACUCUGAUAUCCGCUCGGCACUUGUAUCGCGGUCGGCGAGAAUCGCAGAUGCCCAUGUCUUCAACACCGAGCUUGACUUCAAGACCGGACCUGUGACCAACCAGAAGAGCAGCGGACGGUGCUGGCUAUUUGCUACCACUAAUGUCAUUCGGUACGAUAUCAUGAAGAAGCUAAACCUGUCGGACUUCCAGUUCUCUCAGUCGUACCUGUUCUUCUGGGACAAGCUCAACAAAUGUAACUACUAUCUGGAGUUGUCUAUCGAGAAUGCGGAUCGCCCGCUGGAUGACCGCCUAGUCAACCACUUGUCGGGUGAUUUAAUCAGCGACGGAGGGCAAUGGGACAUGGUUGUCAACCUCCUUGAGAACUAUGGUCUCGUUCCUCAGACGGUCUACCCCGAGUCAACUCACUCCUCCCUCUCCUCUCCUCUCAAUGCGCUCAUCAAGACCAAGUUGAGGGAGCACGCGUUGAUCCUGCGCUCUCUGGCGUCACAGCUUCGGGCCGAGGCGCAUUCAGAGCAGACAAUGCGGGCCUCGCUCCGCGUCAAGAAGGAGGAGCUCAUGAAAGAAAUUUAUGGAAUUAUGAGUGCCACGCUGGGCGUCCCACCGCGGCCAGACGAGAAGUUUGUAUGGGAGUAUUACAACGCCGAUGGCAAGCCUGGCCGCUGGGUGGGCACGGCAUUGGAAUACUACAAGACAUUCUCCAACAAGACAUACCCACCUUCGUCUAGCUUCUCGUUGAUCAACGACCCCCGUAACGAGUACUCUAAGCUUUACACUGUUGAUAAGCUGGGUAACGUCUGGGGUGGUCGCCCCGUUCUUUACGUGAACACUGAGAUUAACACCAUGAAAGACACCGUUGUCAAGUUGAUUAAAGCUGGACUUCCAGUGUUCUUCGGCUGUGAUGUGGGCAAAUUCUCAGACAGUGGUAUGGGUAUCAUGGACACGGACCUGUUUGAAUACGAGAACGCCUUCGACAUCACCCUGGGCCUCACGAAGGCAGAGCGCCUUCAAGUCAACGAGUCAGCGAUGACUCACGCCAUGGUCAUCUCUGGUGUCCACCUUGAUGCUUCUGGAGCACCUGUGCGAUACAAGGUCGAGAACUCCUGGAGCGAGACCAGCGGAAACAAGGGUUACUUCAUGAUGACGGACAAGUGGUUUGAGCAAUUUGUUUACCAAGUGGUCGUCCCGAAGGCUCUUGCACCUAAAGACCUCGUCAAGGUAUACGAAGACGGCAACGCGACCGUGUUGCCACCAUGGGACCCAAUGGGAGCACUUGCAUAG